AAUGCCUGAGUGGACUUUCAGUUUGAUAAACAUCCUGACGCUGUAAAGAAGCGUACUUAAGCGGCUGCUGCCCUUUUGCAUAAUUAUUGUGUGGCCGCGUGUUGCCGAGUGUCGCGAAUAGGAGUAGUGCCUUAGUGAUUGAGUGAUUGCCGCCAAUCGCCAUCGCCAUGGGCAAUCAGCUGAGUGUGAAUGGCAUUCAGGAUGCGGUUAUUGAUCGCUUCAAGUCCGUUGCACUCACCACCGAUGAGAAUGGCGCGUUGCGCAUUCGUUCCUUCUCCGAGGUGGGCGUCAGCUACAAUACCACGCCACAUCAACAGCAACAGCAGCACCACCACCCGUUGUACCAGGGCUCCAGUGGCUCCUUUAGCGGCCGAGGUGGUCGCAUUUUGCGCGAGAGCAGCAUCGAUGGCGGCGUUGCCGUUUUCGAUGCAAUGCUGCGCGAUGACCACGAGCAUCGCUUGAGCCUGGACGCCAUGCAUCGAGUGCGUCAUGUGCGCACCUCCUGCACCACCAUUCCCGAGGAGGAUAUCGUAAGUUUGACGAAGCCAUCAUUUCGAUCAGACCUCUGUCAGCAGUGAGUUCCCCAAAUCCACUCACUCCAUUC